CAAUGCGUCGCUGGCUUGCGUUAUCGUAUUGUUGAUGGCGUCUGGUCGAGGGCUAAGGCAGGUCGCACUCUGACAAACGGAUAGGCCGUUUCCUUUAACGGUUUGGUUUUGGCCGUCUGUGUGACGUGAUGGAGGUCUGUGAGACAGAAACGAUGGAGGAGCAGACGCGUUUGAUCCAGCUGAGGUUUGAUGCUGCCGUCAAGGUGAUCAAGAGUUUACCCCCCGAUGGUCCCUUUCAGCCCUCCAACGACAUGAUGCUGAAAUUCUACAGUUACUACAAACAAGCCACUGUGGGAGCGUGCAAUAUACCCCGGCCUGGAUUCUGGGAUGCAGUCGGGAAGGCAAAAUGGGAUGCGUGGAAUUCUCUUGGAGACAUGACAAAAGAAGAAGCAAUGGCUGCCUAUGUUGAUGAAAUGAAGCAGAUCCUGGAGGGGAUGCCCAUGACAGAGGAGGUGGAGGAGCUCCUGCGUGUCCUGGGCCCGUUCUACGAGCUGAUCGAGGAGAAGAAAAAGAUCUCGCAGAUAUCAGACCUGAGCACAGGGUUUGGUACCAUGAUGAACUCAAUGCCAUCGAGGAGCGUCACAAAGAGCAUCAUCAGAACCAUGGAAAUGAACGGCACCCUUCAGAUUCGUCCUGCAAGAGUCAAAUCAAAGGAAGUGACGGAGGAAGAGGCACAAGAGGAGGAGGAAGAAGAGGAAGACGAUGAAGAAGAAGUAUUAAUAAAGGAUGUCAGAAAAGAUAAGAAAUCAGCAGCGCUGCAGCCUAAGAAGAAGGGAGCAGCCAGGAGACACAAAGCUCCACUGUCAAACGGUAAAGUGGCUAACGGGGGCACCCAUCUAACUAACGGGAGUCACUCCAGGACCACUCCAACCUCUGAGGACUCCCAGGAGAGUGAACUUGUCCUCAACGGUCACCACACAGAUCCCGGUACAGAUGUGUCUGGCCCAGGUCACCUUGCCAGUGACUCAGACAGUGAAGUCUACUGUGAUUCUGUGGACCAGUUUGGCCAGGAAGAGAACUCGGAGCAUAACCGCUCCCUAGACGAGCUGGAUGAAGAGGAGAGCCAUGUCCUGACCCCUCUAGAGGAGCUGGAGACGGCGCAGGAGCCACACGAGGACUUACAUGAACCUCCACAGGUCAUCAGGUGUGGAGGGGAAGAUGGAGACAACAGUGGAGCGAUGUCACAGAGACAGAGGCUGAACGCAGGCGUGCCUGACAGCUCUUUGGCUAGAAGAGGGCGGGGCUCCAGGUCUCCAGGCCUUGGCUCUGGCUCUCUGAUGCCCAUGUACAGCAGUGGAGAAGGGGACGGGAGCCGUCGGGGUGGAGCAGUUACACCAGGAGGGAAUCUGAACGAGCAGAUAGUGGUGGCGCUGGCUCGGCUGCAGGAGGACAUGCAGAGCGUUCUGGAGAGGCUGCACACCCUGGAGGCUCUGACUGCCAGCCAGGCGAGAUCAAUGUCUCUGACUCCGGCUUAUGCACCUCCUCCAGUGAGCAAGAAGAAACGGAAACCAUCCUGGUGGCCUUUCGAUAUUUCUCCGACCAGUUUGGCCUUUGCCGUCAUUUGGCCGUUCGUGGUUCAGUGGCUUAUCCGCCUGUACCUGCAGAGGAGGAGACGAAGAAUCAACUGAUCCCCCAUACUGGCAUUAAUGACGAAGAGGAGUCCUCUAAAUGUCUUUGGUUGGGCUGCUAAUGGCUGUAACUCUCUCCCCUCCCUGCUUCGACCCACAGCCCAGUAAUUUGCUUUGCACUAUGAAGAAGGUGACUAGAAUAGAAAGUGAGGGGAUUUCUAUCAACUGUGGAUGCAGAAUCAAGCAGAAACAUGAAUGUAAGGGCUUCCAGCCUGUGAUUCUACAACCUCUUUAAGGAGAUACCACUGUACUGGGAAGGUCUUUGAGCUGUAAGGAAUGGUUGAACUUGUCAGCGUGUUCAGAAACCAACGACUGUAGCUUCUCAAUUAUUCCCAUAACUUAGGCUUUGUUGCACAAAAAAGGGCCCUGAAACCGAGUUAUCUUUGAGCUUAAUGUGGUUAUUCAUUUUCACAAUUUACUGUCAUUAGUUGCCCAGGUAAUGCUGCUAUAAUGAAAUGUUGUAAUAACUGUAGUUUAGAAACCAGGAUUGAAUGUAAUAUAUUGAUAUGUCGCAAGUCUUUUAAAUUCAGAGAAUAAGUGAAUAUUUAUUGUGUUUAGCACCAGUUUGAUGAAGGCAUAGCUGGCCAGGUUCAGCUGUAUAAAUGAGGUUUAUGUUUUAAAUGACUGCUAUAGUUGUGUCUAAAUCUGGGUUUCCACUGAGCAGUUUGGUUUGGUACAGUACACCACUAUCCGGGUUUUCACUGUCAAAAGUUGGUACUAAAUAACCGAUCCAUACCGUCCUAGUCCGUGUAUCAAGGACGAUGGGUUUGCAUGGCUGUAUGCGUGGCUUCCUCCCGGUCUGAAAGCUCUGACUUGUCAACAUGCAGUCAAACUGAAAACUGAAAAGGUGUGACGCGGGUGAGAUGCGCGUCACACUCCCAGUCUGAAACGGGCUCAACCCUUUACCUACUGAGUCUAAAAAAGGCGAUUUGGACAUAUUUAGUUAUUAUGGCUGUAAAAUAGUCAGGAAAUGCCCUAAGUCUGAGAGCUUUGCUCCC